ACGCGAAUCGUUUAAAAGUGUUUUAGAGCUUGACCUAAGUGAAUCGUUUUCUGGUUCAAGGCAAUACAUCUCGCGGAAUCUAUUUUGUUUGAAACUCACGUGAAUAUAUUGUAUUUAAUUUUUUUUUUUUUUGAAUAAGGACAUUGCAAUUCAAUUAAAAUGAAAUUCUUGCCACAGGGAUGUAUUGACAUCAUUGAUCCAUCGGAACUUCUUCGGCCAGAAGCUUCCUUUGCUGAUAAGAAGCUUUCCCAAUUUCGUGACUAUAGUGUUGAUGAAAAUGAUCCAUUAAAAGAACGUGUAAGACAAACUUAUCGUGAUAUGCAUCUCAAUCAAACGGUUGAUUUUGUAAAGGGUCGCCGCGAAAAAUGGCUUAAAUUCAACACUUUUAAGGCAAAUAUUCGGGAUGCUUUGGAAAAACUUAACGAUCUUGUGGACGAGUCUGACCCUGAUAUUAAUUUGCCAAACAUCAUUCAUGCUUUCCAGACCGCCGAGCGUGCACGUGCCGAAUUUCCACAACACGACUGGUUACAUCUGACAGCACUCAUUCAUGACCUUGGUAAAGUGAUGGCAUUUUACGAGGAGCCCCAAUGGGCAGUAGUUGGUGACACUUUUGUCGUUGGCUGUGAGUGGGGUAAAAGUAUUGUUUAUCGCGAUGAAAGUUUUAUUGGAAAUCCCGAUGGCGACAAUCCAAAAUACAACACAAAAUACGGAAUGUAUAAGCCCAACUGCGGCCUUGACAAUGUACUCAUAUCGUGGGGUCAUGAUGAAUACAUGUACCAAGUGCUGAAGCAUAACAAAUGCACAUUGCCUGAAGAGGCUCUGAAUAUCAUUCGUUUUCAUUCGUUCUACCCUUGGCAUAAUGGUGGUGACUAUGAACAUUUGUGCGAACCAAAGGAUGAACUUAUGAAGAAAUGGGUUUUGAUAUUUAAUCGUUAUGAUUUAUACACAAAAAGUACAAAAUACCCUGAUAUAGAAGAACUUUGGCCUUAUUACCAAUCAUUGAUUGACAAAUACUGCCCAGGAGAACUGGAAUGGUAAAAUUGUUAUGCUGAUGAUAUUAUUCUAAAAUAAGAGUUAUCUAAUUUAUAGUUGUAUGAUGUUUUUUUUACAUUAAAAUUUGUCUGUGGUGAAUAUAAAAAUUAAGCUUAUAAUAAAUACAUAUAAUAUUGGUUAUACGA